AUGUCUCAUUCAGGAAAGGAAUGUGGGUGGCGAUGGAUCCCUGGAGAAAGCCCCACACAAGUCUUUGGUGGCAGCCCCAAGAACUCUCAUGGCGAGGACCUGGGCAACCCACUCUUCUACAGCCACCACGGUAACGUGGACCGGAUGUGGAACGUGUGGAAGACUGAAAAGCGGAAACGAGGACAUCGACAACGAGCAAGCCUACAGCCGUGGCUUGAAGUUGAUCCAGCUGCUUCGUUGGUUCCUGGAGCUACUGCUAUGGCGGCCAAGUAUCCAGUCGUGAAAUCCUCGUCCCAGAACGGGGAGCCUGUCAAAGUUGGAGCGGGCCCGCUGGCGAUCACGGUGGCGCAGCCCAAAGGCAGCGCUCGGGACGAGAUCCUGGUCCUGGAAGAGAUGGAGAUUGGGAUGCCUACCUUCAACGUGUUCAUCAAUCUCCCUGAGGCCAACGAGAGCACCACGGUCGCCUGCGCUGAGUACGUUGGCUCCUUCAACAACAUCCCCCACUUCAUGCCCAGGAUGACCGAGUCGAGCACCCGGACGCCCGCUUCUCCAUCAAGGAGAACGUCGAGAUCUUGGGCUUGA